GGCGGUUUGCAAAACAUGUCAGUGGUUAAGUCAGUUGAUAGCGUUGGCCCAGUACAGCUGGAGAUGAAUCUAGCGGAGGGACAUAUCCAGGUCUUACCCGUAAGCGCACUGCAGGAGCUGGAUGCGAAAACGUUGGAACUUGAGACGGUGCAGAAGGAGCAGGCGGAGGAUAAUGAAUUAGUUCAGAGCUCUGAACGUUUUCUGGAGAGUAAAGAAGAAUUGGAACAGAUUGCAAAUGCCUUGGAGGAAGAUCUCCUGCCCCAGCCAGAGAUAUCGGAGCUGCAAAACGAACAAACCAAACAAUUGGAAAAACAACCACUGGACGAGGGAUUGGAUGAAAAGCUGUUGGAAGAACAACAAAACGAGGUAAAUCAAAAGGAACAGUUGGAAAUACCGACGAAGGAAUCGCAGAAUAAGGACCCUGAUGAGGGAAUCGAUCAAACCCCUCUGGAAAAUCGACAAAAUGAGGAACUCCAAAGGCAACAGUUGGAAGAUUGUGAUAAAAAACAAACAGAAGAUUCGCUUAAAUUAGAUGAAAGUCCAUUGGAAGCAGUAGAGGAGCGAUUAGAAAGACUACCGGAUGAAAAAUUAGAUGAAGAGCAAGAAAUUCGUGUCUGUGAAAAUGAAAACGAACAAGAAUUGAGUCAAUUGGAAAAUACGGAAGAAGCUAGACGAGAAAUUGUAGAACAGCCUGAAAAGGACGAGGAUGGAAAAACAUUGGCUAUAGAUCAGAAGGAGGUGGAACAAUCUAAGGAUGUUCAUUUAACUGAGCCCGAUAAUCGAGUAGAGAACACAGAAAACAAUCCUUGUCAAGUAUCUGGUGAAGAACAAACCGAUUUGCCCAACGAGACUGUACGACAAACUCUACGGAAAUUGUUAGAAAAACUUUGGCCCGAUCGCAUAUCAACUGAAUUCGAACUGGAGCGGGCUAGCGCCAAGGGUGACAACUACUUGGGCGUUGUGUGGCGCAUCUGUGUGAGACCGGAAGGCAGUCUGGUGCUCAAGUUGCCACCACAGAAUAGCGUGAGGCGCAAACAGUUUUUCGCUCGACCCUGCUUUCUACGCGAAUCUUUGGCCUAUGAGAACUUUCUGCCUCUUGUGGCAGAGUUUCAAGGAGAACGAAAUGUACCACAUGAGGAGCAGUUCACCCAGUAUGCCCGGUGUCACGCCUGUCGUCUGGAUGAGCCCAACGAGUGCAUUGUGCUGGAAGAUCUGUGUCGGGCCGGUUACGAUUUGCAUGAUCGGUUCGCUGAACUACCCGUCGAAUGUGUUCGCUUGGUGAUGCGAGCCUAUGGAAAGCUCCAUGCCACAUCUCUGGCCAUAAAGCAGCAAUGGCCGGACCGUUUGAAGGAUUGUCAGAGUCUUGUGGAUAUUUUCGAACAGCGACGUGACGAUCAUUCGUUGGGCGUGUACUUCAAAAACCUCAAGCAGAGUGCCCUUGGCUCACUGUGCCCGGUGAAGGAUCAUCACUAUGUGGAACGUCUGGAGGCAUAUUUUGGUCUUGGAACAUUUUUUGAGCUGCUUCUGCCAUUGAUUGGUGGUAAGAAUUGUGAGCCAUAUGCCGUGGUCUGCCAUGGGGACUGCUGGAAUAACAACAUCAUGUAUAGACUCAGUAAACCGGAGCAGGACAACGACGAUAAAGGGGGACGACCACUCGAUGUCCGUCUUAUUGACUGGCAACUAAUGCGCUAUGCUUCACCCAUUACGGAUCUGGCAUAUUUCUUUUUUAGCUGUACAUCUCGAGAUUUUCGUGGAAAAUAUUACAAAUCCAUGCUGGAGACUUACUACACAGAAAUGGCCCAACAAUUGACUAGAUUGGGUGAGUCCGCUGAUGAGCUGUUCCCCUUGCAGGCAUUCAAUGAGCAAUUGCAAUCAAAAUGCGCUGUAGGUCUGCUCUUGGCCAUGAUGGUAUUACCAAUUGUCACUAUGCGUGGCCAAGAUGUGCCCGAUUUGCAGACAAUAAGCGAACUCAUCGAGGCUGGCGGCACUACAAGCCUAAAGGGAGCUGGUUUCCUCGGUUCUGGUAAUGAGGUGCUCUAUAAGAAGCGCAUGCGGGAUGUCAUUAUGGAUUGUGUGGACAAUGAAUACAUUUAAUUAGUUUCUGCUGACGCUGCUCUUACCUUGUGUUGUUGUUUCAGUCGCUUGGCCCCCUUGGCGAAAUGCAAAGUCGAAUUCGUCUCAGCAAGAUCGCAGGUAUGGGGACUGAUGCAGGCCAAUAAUGUAAAAUAUGAGCGGGCAUUAAUCGAUUCUGUGGAUUAUAGUACACCAUUCAAAAUAUAUACUUUAAUGAUUUAGUGCAAAAAGAAAA